AAUGGACAAGACAGCUUUGUUCUGAGUUUGGCUUAUAAGCACCAAAUUUAACUACAAACAAUGAGCGACGUUCUUCACGAAGGGCCUUUUAUGGGAGAUGGAGUUGAAACAUUUUCAAACUGGAUACAAGGGAAACCUCUGGGGAGAACAAUGUCAUCCGUCGUGUAUCUUGUCAUUAAUAAAAAUAACACAGAAGAGAAGAAAUAUGCGGCAAAACAAUAUUUUAUCUGUGACGACAUUCCAGGAGAUAAUGUAAAUAGUGUUCUAAAUGAAAUGAAGGCACUGAAGCAAUUGGAUCAUGAAAAUAUCGUUAAGUUCUACGGCUACAGUAAAACUUCGCACACUAUAUCCCUGUUUAUUGAAUACAUGCCGGAGGGAUCUUUGGCCACCUACAUAAAAACACAACCAGGUGGUGUUCUUACCGAGAUAAAAACUUUAGAAUUUAGUAUUCAAAUCACAGAAGCGGUUAUUUAUUUACAAGGUAAAAGGAUCAUCCACAGAGAUAUAAAAGGUAAAAAUAGUUAUACAAGUUUUAAUAUUAGUUCGCAAUAUAAAAAGCAGCAGAUUACGCUUUAA